AAAACCUGUGACUUCUCAAUGCUGAAACAAAUUCGCCAAACUGACGACACUGCACCCGACCUUAGCAGUCUUUUCAUCAUAUGAACCUUCAAAUAACUGUGAAGAUGAUCCUUGUUAUGUUCCUUCUGUGUUCAGGAUUAUCUGACUUUACAUUUGGAUCAAACCGUCUACGAGUUUUCCGUUUUCCUGAUAAUGAAAAUGAACCAGAUUGGGAUGGUGCAUUGAGUGAAUGCAAUAAGGCAAAUGAAUCAUUUGUAACUUUGUACGAUGAAGAGGAUGCCAAUUUCGUGGCCAACUUCUCGGAUGGUAAACAAAGGCUCUGGCUUGGUCUGCGUAAAGGACGAAAUAUCACUUGGUCAGACGGUGUCCCUGUCACAUUCAAUGCUACAUAUGAGAUUGAAAAAGCAGGGACUCAGAUAUGCGUGGCUAUUGACAACAACACGUGGACAAGUUUGAAUUGUUCAGAGAGAAAACCUUUCAUGUGCAACAAGGAUGGUAAUUACACACUGUAUGAAGACGAGAAGAACUGGUGUAAAGCUCUGCAAUACUGCAGACAUUUCUCGGCUGACUUGGUCAGCAUCAGUAAUGAGUCGCAAAAUGAUGAAGUGAUUAAAAAGGGAAACAACACAAGCUUUUGGAUUGGACUAAUGCAUGAUGAAUGGGAGUGGGCGGACAAAAGUUGCUCUUUAUACAGGAAUUGGGAUACUGAGUCGGCUCUUUUAGAUCCCAUAGAAAAAUGCACAAUUUCAACGGCUCUAGGAUUACUGAAGAACCAGGAAUGUCCGAAUUCUCAAGCAUUCUCCUUUUGCUCCAAAGGUAAAACGAGAAUCAGAGUCAUCGAUCACCAUUUAACUUGGGAACGGGCCUUUGACUACUGCAAGGCUAACCACACAGGCAUGCUUCAGAUUGAGAAUGAGAAUGAUCAGAAGGCUGUUGAACAAUGGCUAAAUAACACUGAUGUUACUGGUCCGUUCUGGAUUGGUCUGAGGCAGAGUCGUGUCUUUGGAUUCUGGAUUUGGAGAGACAGGACAGUGACCUACAGCAAGUGGAAGAAUGGCACGGAGCCUAAGCUGCCCAUGUCUAACCACUGCGGUGCCAUCAACCAGACGGAGUGGAGUGAUGAACACUGUUGGCGUAGGCUACCUUUUCUUUGUGAGGAGAAGAUUAUAUUCAUGAAUUAAUCAGUGAGGGGUUGAUGCCUGAGCAUGUAGAUGAAAGUCAGCAACAUAACCCUUAACAUUUUCCUUUACUACUCUGACUCUUAAUGGAAGUCUUUCUUGAAUUCAGUUGGUACAAAAUAAUCUGACAUUUUUUGUUGUAACAUGAAAUUAUAGACUGACAAGAUUGAUAUUUUAUUUGACAGUGUUUACUGUAUGAUUAUUAUCAGUCACGUACUCAUCACUCAGUGAUUAAUAUCAUUAUUACUAUUAUCAUUAAUUGUUAAAAAAAGAAUAUAUGGUGGAAAUUAUUUCUUUCUUUUUUGGGGUUCUUCUGUUGAUUUCUGUAGUUACUCCAAUCAAUCCAAUCAAUAUUUUCAGAUCAAUGAAGGUUUGUAUGAGUGUUUGCAUGUGAUUCCACUAGGACCACUGUUCCACACAUUUGCUUUUUCAGUCUUUGAGUAAAAGGUGUGGUAUGGUGCAGUGUAGGACAGCACAUAUAAUCUAGAUGUAGAUCUAAAGAAGAUUGUAAGAGAAUGUUUGCUGUGUGCAUUACACUUCUUUGAGACUACAACCCUUACAUCUGAGCUUUGUUGAUAAAAUGUCUGAUUCAUUUCUAGAUAAGUUGCUUGUUUGCAAUAAAAGACUAUGCAUUUCAAAUCCAACCAUUGGGGAUCUUA